UAUUGAGCUAAAGAUUUAGAGCCUUUUCAUUGUGAGCCAUUUCAUUUAGAGCCAAUAAUUGGUUCCCUUCCAGAGAUUACUGUUAGAAAAGCUGAAACUAUCUUCCCACUAAAUAUGGCUUCAACGACACCUUUAAAGGAGCUUUGUCUUGCAGGUCUCACCCUUUCAAUUGUGUUCCUUACAAUUCUGUGGUACAAAUUGACCUCAAAUAUACCCCAUGAGGAAGAAUCCAGGUUGCCACCUGGGCCUCGUGGCCUUCCAAUUGUGGGAUUCUUACCAUUCCUCCGCCCGAAUUUGCAUCACCAACUCACAGAGUUGUCUCAACAGUAUGGUCCAAUUUAUAAGCUGUGGCUUGGAGGUAAACUAUGUGUUGUGUUGAAUUCACCAUCCUUAGCCAAAGAAGUGGUUCGUGAUCAAGACUCCAUUUUCGCCAACCGUGACCCUCCAAUUGCAGGAUUGGUGGGCACAUAUGGUGGAGCAGAUAUUUCAUUUUCUCCUAAUGGCUCUUACUGGCGUGAUAUGCGCAAACUAUUCGUAAGGGAGAUGCUAAGCAACAGGAAUCUUCAGGCGUGUUAUAGCCUUCGGAGACACGAGGUCAGAAAGACAAUCAGAAACGUGCGUGCCGAGAUUGGCAACCCCAUGGACAUUGGUGAAUUGGCUUUUGUAACUGAAAUGAAUGUAAUCAUGAGUAUGAUUUUUAGCAGCAAUUUUGUGGAGGAGAAGGAGAAGCAUGGAAAAGAUGGAGCUGAGUUCAGGGAAUUGGUGAUAAAAUUUCUUCAAGUGAUAGGAAAGCCAAACAUAUCAGACUUCUUCCCUAUACUUGCCAGGUUUGAUUUACAAGGAAUACAGAAAGAGAUGGAGGCUCUCUUGAAGUCGUUCGAAAGUAUAUUGGAGCCAGCCAUAAAUCAACACAUGAAGAUGCUUUCAAACAAAAGAGAGGAUGAAAUCCAGGGAAAUGGGAAAAAGGAUUUUAUGCAGAUCCUGUUAGAGCUAAUGGAGCAGAAAGACAUUGGUAUAUCAUUGGACUUGGUGAAAAUAAAGGCCAUCUUAGUGGAUAUUGUGAUUGGUGGAACUGACACUACAAUCACGACAGUAGAGUGGGUAAUGGCGGAGCUUCUAAAUAAUCCGAAGAUAAUGUCAAAGGUGCAGCACGAAUUGAAAGAUGUUGUAGGGAUGAAUAACAUUGUUGAAGAGUCCCACUUAUCGAAACUGCACUAUCUUGACGCGGUUCUAAAGGAGACGUUACGUUUACACCCUGCAUUACCACUGCUUCUCCCAAAGCGCCCAAGCCAAUCUGCAGUAGUAGGUGGAUACACAAUACCUGAGGGAACUAAAGUAUUCUUGAAUGUUUAUGCAAUUCAUAGGGAUCCUCAAGUGUGGGAGAGUCCAUUGGAAUUUCAGCCUGAAAGGUUCUUGAGUCGCUCGACAAAUUUAGACUAUGCUGGAAAUAAUAUGAAGUACCUUCCAUUUGGAUCAGGGAGGAGAAUUUGUGCUGGCCUUCCUUUAGCAGAAAAAAUGCUUAUGUUUAUAUUGGCUUCAUUGUUGCAUUCCUUUGAUUGGAAAAUCCCUGAGGGAGAAAACGUUGACCUUUCAGAGGGAUUUGGACUCGUAAUCAAGAAAAGCAAGAGGCUUUUUGCCAUCCCUACUCCCAGGUUACCGCAAUUAGAGCUGUAUCAGUAAAACCAAGAAAUAAUAGGGAACAUGAAUAAACAUUUUGGCUUGACAUGAUCUUGCCCUGUUGUUAUAAUAACUUUAGUACCAAUGUGUAAUAUCUUACGAUAACUAAAGAGAUAGCUAAUGUACAUUGUAUUUUAAAUAAAAAUAUGUGCUCUUAAUGUAA